AUGCGAAGAGGAACAGAGUGUGAUGAGCCUUGGUGUGGAUCAACAAAUAACAGCAGAGUAACACCUGAAACUGCUGGAAGAACUCAUGCUCUUAUUUUCUGUGUCAGACAGGGCUAUGAAGAACUGGAAAGACAGCUGAAAGAAGUCUUUAAGGAAAGGAGCAAUAUCCUUCGUCAACUGUCGAAGACUUCGAAAGAACUUGAGGGUAUUAAAGUAAACCUCCAGUCUUUGAAAAACGAUGAAGCAUCAGCCAAAAGUGAUGUGCAGAAACUUCUGGAAAUGGGCCAAAAGCAAAGGGAAGAAAUGAAAUCUCUUCAGGAGGCCUUUCAAAAGCAACUUAAUGAAGCAGCUGAGAAAGCAGAAAAACAGCAGGCUACUAUUAACUUUUUGAAGACUGAAAUGGAAAGGAAGAGCAAAAUGAUCCGUGACCUCCAAAACGAGAACAAAAGCCUCAAAAACAAGCUCCUGUCAGGAAACAAGCUUUGUGGUAUUCAUGCAGAAGAGUCAAAAAAGAUCCAAGCCCAGCUGAAAGAGCUUCGUUAUGGAAAAAAGGAUUUGAUUUUUAAGGCACAGCAGCUAACAGAUCUGCAGCAAAAACUAGCAGUUGCAAAAGACGAAUUGGAAAAGGCAGCCCUUGACAAAGAGUCACAGCUGAAAGCUCUGAAGGAGACCGUGCAGCUUUGCCUGUCUGCCGUUCUGCACAAUCAGCUUCCCACCACGAAUCUCAUUCCUCCGAAACCAGCUGAGAAGCUGACAUCCCCGGUUACAAAGGGCUCCAAAGUUCCAUUGCAAGUAACAAGCACCAAGCGAAAUGCUUCAGCAGAGAAAGAGAAUCUUCACGUGGCCUCAAGAAAGGAAGAAAAUCAGAGCAUCCAGGAGUGCGAUUCUCAAGAUGUUGGCAAGACAUGUUUGGGGAAUCGCAGUAAUUCAACAUCUCGUUUGAAGACAGCAGAAACAGAGACAAGCUUUCAGAAGUUGCACAGCCCUCCAUGGAUUAAACCCGAAGAUAAAAAAUCACCUGAAAGAAAUGAGAGAAAACUUGAAGAGUCUGUUAGUACAAAAGAAAAAACCCUCUAA